AUGUCCUAUUACCCCAGUCAAAAUCUUCCUUACAGAAGACCUUCCGACAAACCCACUACUCCUCCAGCGACCGCGCCUCCCGGUGGCCACGCGCCCACUCCCUCGCCGACCUCCCUCUACUACCCUCGUCAAGAGUAUCAACCCUCCUCAGCGCCUCCCAUACCCCAAGCUGUCCAAGGCCACCCUUACGCAUACUAUCCCGGCUACGCAUACGACUACAACAAUUACCCCCGGCAACCGUCUGGAUCUACUGCUCCCGCCCAGUCACCCAUACUCGGCGAGCGGUCACCUGCCGACUUCUCCCCUGGCUACCCCUAUGAUCCCCGCCAACAACGUCCUGCGCAGCAGUUCUACUCCCAGCAACAAUUUUACCAAUGGCAGGGAUACAAUUAUCCUGCUCCCCCGCCUCCUCAGUCGGCACCGCCGCCCCCGGAGCAGGUCAUCGGGAAGCGGUCUCCCGAGGAGAAGGAGCAGGAACUUCCGGUGGACAAGAAGAAGAGGAAGAAGGUGGCCCUGGUGGUGAAGAAGGAGGAGGCCCCCCUGGACAUCCCAGGACCAGCGAUGAAGUCUCGGCUCAAACCUCCUCGGCAAGCCCAGUCAGCCUGGCAAAUGUUCUUUGCCGACGAGCUCGUCCGCGCCAAGGCUGAACACGCGGACCUUCCCGGAAAGCUCAAUGUCGCCCAGAUCGCCAAGGACGCCGGUACCGCCUACUCCAACCUGGACCCCGAGCGAAAGGCGUUCUACGCCGCCAAAGUCCAGGCGGCCAAAGAGCAACACACCAGAGAAUACAUGGCGUGGCAGGCGGCAUUGACUCCGGAGGACAUUCGGCUCGAAAACGCGUUCCGCGCUCAACAACGCAGAGACGGCAAAUCCAGAAAGGCGAACAUUAAGGAUCCGAACGCUCCAAGGAAACCCCUUUCGGCGUACUUUCUCUUUCUCAAGAGUAUACGCGAGGACGCCGAGCUGCGAGCAAAGGUGUGGGGGGCCGAAGCAGAGACGACCAAGCAGAGUGUACUGGCGGCGCAACGAUGGCGGGCGUUGACCGAUGUGGAGAAGCAGCCCUACCUCCAACGAGCCGAGGCGGACAAACUUCAUUACGAUACAACGAAAAGGCAAUACGAGGACGAUGCGGCGGCCAGAUCACGGGGCGAGACUGUACCCAGUCGCUCGGUCGAUGUCAAACCACCCAAUGUCGAAAUACCCCUCUCGCUCAAACUGGCACUCAGUCCGGUCGCUCCCGAUCUAGAGCAACUCUCCGGCUUUGACGACAUCUUGCCGGAUCAGGAGUGGGGGGAUUUGAAUAAUAUGAUGGGGGAGAAGGACGAAAAGCCGGACAAGGAGUCGUUCAGCGAAUUCUUGACGGAUCCAUAG